UUAUUAUUUGUCGUGUGAAUUGACUAUGAUCCUCUUCCUUACUAGCUAAGCAAAUUGAAUAAUUGCAUUCUAUUAAUUCAAAAUCGCUUCAUUUUUUUAACUAAUUACAAUUCCACACAAAUGGACGAGCCUCUGCUUUCAGAGAGAAGAAGCGAAUUAGGAGAUAAUCAAAGCGAAAAAUGGAGUUCGUAUCAGUACGUCGGUCGAACCGGGUCGGUAAUUCCCACCGCUUCGUUGGCGGGAACUGAAGUUAGCGUCGAGGAAAUUCGUUCGGCGGCUGGCUCUGGUCAUUAUCCGCCGUCUCUUCAUGCCGCUUUGAUCACUUCUCCCGAGCCUCAUCCCAAUGAGCAAGGGUCAGUUUAUGAAGGUGGAUAUGGAGCAGAAUGUGGUGGAACAGCAAGCACUAACUUUCAAGGGCAAAUAUUGGAUGAGAUUGAGAUACGCGAGUUGCUUAUUGAUCAUGUUGGUCAUCGUUGCUGUUGGGGAAGUCGCCCAGCUCGAACUUGGAAGAUUCAUGCAGUGGAAGACUGCAAUGUGUAUGUGGGAACUCUAGAAACUUUUAUAGAGGAGAGAGAAACUAUAUACGAGACAAAGCCAUAUUUAGGUGGCAAUAUUGAUGGAAAGGAAAAAGGUCCAGAACUUGGUGUCUGGGAACUGGAUCUAAGAUCUCAAUUCCCUGUGCUCUUUACACUUCAUAAAGAAACACAAACUAAAAUUCCUCGUUCGGAAGUUAUCGAGAAAUGCCCAGAUUGUAUAGGACGAGGAAAUAUUGUCUGUCCUACAUGCAAUACUGACCAAGAGCCUGGAUUUUAUCGGGAGAAUCAAAUGUCUGAAUGCUCUGCCUGCUAUGGAAGGGGUUUGAUUGCUCAUAAGGAUGGAUCCGACACAAUAUGCACAAAAUGUUCUGGCAAGGGGAAAAUUCCUUGUGCAACUUGUGGAUCUCGAGGACUAAUAAAGUGCGAGAAAUGUUGUGGAAGUGGCUCUUUGUUGACAUACAGUACUGCUGUUAUUAGAUGGAAGACACUGUCUACUAGGAAAGUAAGUGCAACAAGAGGAGCAGCAUCAGUUCCGGCAGAGGUUUUUCACAAAGCCAAAGGGGUCGAAUUGUGCAAUACCCAGGCCCAUCGGUGCACACCAGCUUUUUUCGCGGACUCGUUCUUUCUUAAUAAGUUUUCUUCUGAAGUAAUUGCAGAGAGGCCUCCUGUGCCAAUGACUGCCCGGGUGAUAUGUGAGAGGCACACCAUCUCUGUGGUUCCGAUGACGCGCGUAACCAUGACUCAUCGUGGUCGUUCGUUUAGUUUUUACAUAAUUGGUUUUAGCAGGGAAGUUUACUUGAAGGACUACUAUCCUUCAAGGUUUUGCUGGGGACUAUGUCCUUGUUUGGAAUGGUUAAAGUUGUAAAAGGAGCUGUGUUAAUUUGUAUGUUUCUCAUGUUUGCGA